AUGCAGACGAGCGAACGACGGAGCGGAAGUGACUUGGCCCACAGUGCGAACUCGUUGCCAUUGAGCGCGGCGACAGCUGGUCUUGUCCCACUGACGUUUUUACAAGCACGCGACGAGACAAAUUUGUCUCGUAGAGUAACGUUUCAGUCGCUGCAAAAAGUAGCUGCAGGGCUAGUGAAGUGA